AUGGAUCCCAACGCCGUCUAUCCCGCUGGCUUUCCCGUCCCGACUCAAAGCCCCCCAAACCCGAUGGCUUUCUACCAGAAUUCAGCUCCCCAAUACCCCCAGUCUAAACCGCCAGGACAGCCAGGACACCAACAGCAUUCCUUUGGCGCCAUCCAAAUGCAGCCAGGUGGUCCCACUGGAGCUAUGAUGCCCUCAGGCUUUCCCCAGCAAUCCAACGUACCCAUGGACAAUUUCUCGGCGUCGUUCUCACAACCCCCCGUCCCCGCCGGCAUGAACCAAUUCUCCCAACCUAGCACAGCGACGAAUACCCCUUCCACUGUCGCCCAGACGUUCUCUCAAAAUAUGGCCUCUCUGUCAGCAAACAACAUGCUCCCCAACCAACAAAAGCCUCCCCACAUGAAUCCGCAAAUGAGUGCCCAAAUGAACGCUCAAAUGAAUGCGCAAAUGAACGCCCAGAUGAACCAGCAGAUAUCGCAGAUGAACAACUCACCCCACGUCACUCAACCCGGGACCCCGGUCCAGGCCCAAGGUCCAGGGCAAGGACAAGCUCCGAAUGCGGCUCAAAUUCAGGCACAGAUGCAAGGGCAAAGUCAAGUCCCCCAGGCACAAAGCCCCGCUCAAGCUCAGGCUCAAGCGGCGGCGGCAGCUCGUGAAAAGGCGCGUGUCAGCACCCUCCUCGACAUCAACUCCACAUUGUUGCAGGAGGUUUUGAAUCUGCAAUCGGCUGGCAAGGCAGGCUCGGCGGCAAAUGCGGAAGCGAAUGCCUCUGUGGAGCAGGGAGGGGAUAUGAACAAGCCUCCUGGGCAAAAACCAACACAAGAGUACAUCGAGUGCAUGCGGCGGCUGCAGGCCAACCUGGCCUAUCUAGCGACGAUCGCUGACCGAGCCAAGAAAGCGAGUGGCAUUACACCCCAGGCCCCAGCAAUCAUGACAGCUCCCCCCAACCUCCCCUCCGUGAAGGAGCUUUACGUCAAACUGAACGAGCUAUUCCCAAAUUCGGGGAAAUCGUCGACUCCCCAGAAGCUCAGCCCGGGCACGAUGCAGGGCAACGGGGGCCCAAGUCCAUCACCCGUGUCUGAGUCGGUUGUUUGA